AUGCCACCCCCACCCCCACCCCCGCUCAAAUCCCUCACCCUAAUCCUCUCCCCCUACCACAACGGCCUCCGCAACCUCGGCCCCGGCGCCGGCCCACCCCGCCUCCUCUCGCACAACCUCCUCGCCGCCCUCCGCUCCACCGGCGUGCCCCUCCUCUCCAUAGUCGACGACCUCGACCCCUCCUCCCCCUCCACGCCCCUCGACGGCGACAUCCCGCGCAUCUUCGAGCUCUUCCGACGGACCUCGCUCGCCGUGUCGCGGGCCCGCGCCGCGGGCUCCUUCCCCAUCGUCGUGUCGGGGGACUGUGGCGCGAGCGUGGGCGUUGCGGCGGGCCUGCUGCAGUCCGGGUGCGUCACCGACAAAGAGCUGGGGUGCGUGUGGUUCGACGCGCACGACGACCUCAACACGCCCGACACGCUGGCCAGCGGGUACUUUGACUCGAUGCCCAUCGCUAUGCUGGCGGGGCUGUGCUGGAAGGGCCUGUUGGCUACAAUCCCCGGGUUUAGGCCUCUGAGCUUGGACGGGCUGGUCCAUUGCGGGUUGCGGGACGUGACGGCGCUGGAGCGGCAGCGGGUUGAGGAGGCGGGUUAUGAUGUGGUCUGGGGUGAUGCGGGCAGGAAGGUGGACUUUGUGGGUGAGCUGGGGACGGCGCUGGAUGGUGAGCGGCAUAGGGGUCAGCCUAAGCUUGUGCAUCUGGACCUCGACUGCCUUGAUGUUUCUCUGGGGAAGGUGAACCAGUUCUCAGCUCCGGGGGGGUUGUUUGAGGAUGACCUCUUGGGAUGCCUGGAAGCCAUUGCGGCCAAGACCCAGCCGCUGUCGCUCACCGUUGCCGCCUUCGAUCCGAGAUUCGAAGGUGCGGAUCGCAUCGCCGACGUUGCCGUGCAGGCGAUCAAGGGUUUUGUCAUGGCCCUGGUUAAGAAUGGGGUGCUUCUGGCACAGGAGGAAUGA